AUGGAAGAAAUUACCGAAAACCCGCUUGAUGGCCUCGAGGUAUGUCACGCCGUAUGCAAUCUUCAUUGAUCGCACGAUCUAACACGGAAUGGACAGGAACGCUACCUCAAGCACGAAAAGGCCUUCGAGUCGCUGUUAGCACUUACACCUGCACGUGAAUACUACGGCAGCCAGAUCGACGAUGGACUGGAUCCAAGCGAGCAAUGGAAUCGCAAAAAGCAGACCAAGGAGCAGAAGAAGGCCGCGAAGAAGGCAAAGCUCGACCCCGCGAACCAGAAGACCGCACUGGAUGUCAUGAAGGAGCGCGAGAAGAAGCGGAAGCGGGAGCUCGGCAUUGAGGAUGACGAAGAGCCAGCGGAUGAGUUGGAGAAAGUUCCAUCCAGCAAGAAGCAAAAGCAGGAACUCAGCGCAGAGGAUUCGGAGGCAAAGCGACAAGAGAAGGUUGACAAGAGGCGACAGAAGCGCGAGGAGAAGAAGCAGAAGGCGGCGACGAAGAGAGAGAAGGUAGAAGCAAAGAAAUCCGCCAAACAGGACAAAGAUCUUGCGGAGGCACAGGCCGAGAAUCAAGCGGGUGCCGGAGCAGCGCGAGAAGAUGAGCAGGAUGCGUCUGACGGGGAGGUUGACGAGGGUCCACAAUCGACAGCGCGGUCCGGAGAUAUGGAGAAGGUCGAUGUGUCUGGUCUUGCAGAUCCAGAGCCAAAGUCCGAUAAUCAUGAGGCGGAUGCAGACGGUGCUGACGACGAGUCAUCUGCACCCACAAGUCCUGCGGUUAACAGUCCAGCUUUCGACACUGCGACAAACCAUUCCGAAGCGUCCUCCUCUUCUUCGAUAGCUCCUCCUCCCGGUCCUGAAAAGUCGAAAGACUCCACACAAUCAGCAGUAUCACUCGCGAAGCCAGCCCUCAAACUCGACCUCUCCGACCAAAAGGCUCCCAUCACACAGAAGGCUCUACCCUCAUUUACCGAUCCAGCUUCCGGAACAUCGUCGCCAAAACUUCAACUGCCCGACAUCGACCAAGCUCAACUCCAGGAGCGCUUGCGUAAUCGGAUAGAGGCCCUGCGUGCCCAGCGCAAGGCUGAUGGCGCGGAUGGUAAGCCGGCAAAGAGCAGACAAGAGUUACUAGACCAGCGGCGGAAAAAGGAAGAGCAGAGGAAGGCCAACAAAAAAGAGCUCAGGCGACAGGCGAAAGAGGAGGAGGCGAGGAAGCGAGAGGAGCAGUUGCGUGGUUCCGGAAGUCCGCUAUCGACCGACAUCUUCAGCCGCAACUCGCCCCGCCCACAAGAAAACAACUUCAGCUUCAGCAGGUUGGCAUUUGAGGAUGGCACGGCGGCAGAUCCGUCAAUCUCCGAAUUGCGUGACCCGAAAAGGAAGAAGGGACCCCAAGACCCCAGAACAGCUCUGCAGGCCGCUGAGAAAAAGCAGCAGCGCUUAUCUGGUCUGGAUGCUGAGAAGCGUGCGGACAUCGCCGAGAAAGACAUGUGGCUGAAUGCAAAGAAGCGGGUUCACGGCGAGCGCGUACGAGAUGACACCAGUCUGCUGAAGAAAGCUCUGAAGCGCAAAGAGAAGCAGAAGGAUAAAUCUGACAAGGAGUGGAAAGAGCGAGAACAAGCCGUCAUCAAAGGCAAGGAAGCCAAGCAGAAGAAGCGCGAGGCCAACCUGCAGAAGAGGCGGGAGGAGAAAGGCCAGAAGGGAAAGAAGAAGCCCAGCGGCGGCAAGGGCAAGAAGAAGGGACGUCCUGGAUUUGAAGGACGCUUCAAGGCUUGA